AUGUUCGGGACCCCAUCUACCACUCCCGUCUUCGGGAACCCCUCCACCACCCCAGUUUUUGGCACGCCUUCCACCACCCCCGCAUUUGGCGCGACAUCGUCCACCCCGGCCUUCGGCACCCCCUCGUCGAUGCCCGCCUUCGGGACCCCGUCGUCGACGCCACCGUUCGGGACGGCUUCCACGACCCCGGCGUUCGGGGCGUCGUCGUCGGCGCCAGCGUUCGGGACCGCUUCCACGAGCUCGGCGUUCGGCUCGCUGAACUUCGGGACGCCCGCGUCGACCUCAGCAUUCGGCACGCCCUCUUCGGCGCCGGCGUUCGGCGGGCUUAAUUUCGGCACGCCCUCGUUGACCUCGGCAUUCGGCACGCCCUCCUCGGCGCCGGCGUUCGGCGGGAAUCCUUCGCCUUCGCCCUUUGGGUUCCAGCAGCAGGCGACGCCGUCCCCGUCGCCGUUCGGCUUGCUAGGAGGUGGCGGCGCGCAAAUCACCACCCAGAUGGCCCCCGUUGCGCCGCUGCCGCUCUCCCCGUCCGACCGCGACAUCCAGGCCAUCGUCGAUGCGUACAAGGAGGACCCUGGUAACCCCCGUUAUGCUUUCAGGCAUCUGUUGUUCAGCGUGACAGAGCCUUCCCAAAGGGUGAAGCCAGUUGCUGCAUCAGAUAUUAUGUGGGCACAAGCAAUGGGGAAACUUGAAUGCAUGGAUAGUGCAGAUAGGGAGAGGCUCUGGCCUCAGCUUGUGCAGGGUUUUAAAGAUCUUUCCCAUCGGCUUAAGCUUCAAGAUGAAGUCCUUGUUUCAGAUACUGAUAGAUUGAGCAUGACUCACUCUAAUGUUAAAAAGCUGCAAAGGCAUUUCCAAGCUGACACGUAUCCAUGGAUCCAGCGAUUGAAGCAACAAGAGCUGGUUAUUCAGAGACGUCUUUUAAGGCUUGUUAGAAUAGUGGAGACGUUGGAGAAUCGGGGUUACCGCAGUCCUUUAACAAAGGAGGAAGCUGAUUUGUAUGAAAGAUUGGUUGCUAUAUUAAAGCGGCUAAAAGGACCUAGUGCUGAUCUGUCUAAGAGGGUUAAUACACUUCUUUCGACGUCACGUCUUCUGGCUAGCACUGGUGGUGCUGGUGGUUCUGUUUAUAUUCCUAGUUCGGCCAAAGUUGAUGAACGGAGUGUUACAGAGCUUCUUGAGGCCUUACAACUACAAACAGAGGCAGUUGCCAAGCUAGGUAAUGUGUUGAAGAGGGAUAUCAGGGACCUGGAGAUCAUCCAGUCAGAAGACACGGAUAUGGCUGAAGACAGUGUGGGGAGAAGGGCACAGAAAAUAUAA